AAAAAAGAUAACUGAUCAAUAAAAUAUAAAAGCCACGAUUUUUUUGUUCUUUAUUUAGUUAGUUUUUGACAUACAAAUUUUAUCUGUUAUCAAAUCAAACAUGUUCAAAGUUGGUGUAGCUAUCUGCUUAAUUGGUCUUCUGAUCAACCAAGCCCAAAGUUUUGAACUUAGCAAAUUAAAUAGGAGCCAUAACGAAUGUCCCGACCAAACCAAUCCUGGAGUCCAAGUAGCAGAUCAAACAUUGAGCGGUGGUAUCUUUGAAAAACUCCAUUUUCGGAUACCUGAAUCUGGUCUCUUAAAGAACAAAAUCACUUGCAUAUUGAUUACUGACCUAAAAGACGGCCACAACGAUCCCAAUAUCAAAAGUGGAGGUGUUGGAAGUAACGUAGUCGAAAUCGACAUCAAUCCAUUUCUUUUCGAAACUUUGAAAUACAGAGUUCAAGUUUUCGUUGAAGAACCAGCUACAACCACUGCCGCUACAACUACCCUAAAAUUUUAGUAAAAGAUGUAUUUUUUUAAUUUUUUUGUAGAUAAUUACCAUGUUUCAUGUUUUUCAAAUCUUAAUCUUAAUAUAUAUAUAAAAUGCUAGCGUAGAAUAUGU